AUGUCGAACCAGCCGUACUCAGACUUGAGAGAUAUCUGGCGCCUUGGCAAUGAGCCUGGUGUCCGGUGUUGCGCGUGUUGGCAGAUUAUUUCUGGCGAGGCAAUGGUCCGAACCUUUCAAGUUCUCCCACCCGGGAAGGAACAGCAACACGAAACCAGGAUUCUCAGGACCCCAGACGACCAUGAAUUGAUACUACACGAUCGUCAUCUGUCGUGUUUGCUAAAGGGCAAUGUUCAAUAUGCCACCGUUUCCCAUGUUUGGCAUGAGGGUAUUUCGGAAAUUCAAAACCAAGAGUGCUUGGGGCUCGAUAGCCCGGAUCUGCAGCGUCUGGUUUUCCGCAUUCCGACGGAGAUAGCUCAGAACAUCUCUAAAGCAUUAGGCCAGGACAUUGAAGUGUGGCAUGACUAUAUCAGCGUGCCUCAGUGGUCGCCGACUUUCAAAACAUACAUCCUCGAGGCGGUGCACAAGAUCUAUGCUAGCUCAACUUUAACUGUCGUUCAUCUAGACGAUGUCACGCCGACGAUGGUGGACAAAUUCCUCCAUGCCACAGAGGAGGCAGCUCGUCUGGAGGGCAUGAUUGGAAUUUGCAACGCCAAGUGGUACAGCCGUGUCUGGACUGCAAUGGAGUACAUCCGAAGCACCAAGGUUCGGGUCAUGGACUCAGAGAAGCAACUGCAUGGCGAGGACUCGGUGCAACUCUAUCAGCCGCAGCUGAAUCAGUUUUGGGGCGAGCAGAUUGCGAAGAAUGGGGGUACUGAUCUCGAAGAGCGACUUGAGAUUGGAAAGAACAUCAUGCCCUGGAAUCUAGGGUCACUCGAUCUGUGUCGUGCGAACUCGAAAAGUCGUAAUUUCGGUCUCGCUUUUGCUCUGCUGUCUCGUCGGGGAUGCCGCGAUAAGAACGAUUUCCUUUAUGCCCUUCAAGGCAUUAUCACCGGCUACUCGACUACGAAGCUAGCCGGCUGCGACUGGGACGAAAUGUACCUCAAUCUGGCACAUCGUUGCUUGAGAGAUGGCGACUAUACCCCGUUGCUGGUGACGCCGGAGUUUGGGCCCGAUGAUGGUUUGGAUGUCCGAAACAUGCCAGCCAACAAUGUUAACGAGGGCUACAAUGAUGUCUAUGCAUUUCCCUUGGGACAUAUGACAUCACAGCCAGAACACCACAAUGCUCUCCGCGUUGCAGACAAUGGAGAUGUUCUGAUCAAGAUGCAAAGAGCCGGCAAUGUGUAUCAAUCCGAGUUGUGGGAUGGGCGUUAUGAUCAUCUUGCCCACUUCUGCGCCUAUAAUCUUGCAACGCCGAACGUGGAUAGCUUUGCAGAGGCGUUUGGUUCGCGGCUAUUGUUUGAAUCGGAGGAGAAUAUGAUGGAAGCCUUGUCAACAGGCGACCGCCGACAAAAGCUAGAGCAGACAAUACUCGCGCUAUCCAAGGUCCCACUAGGUCAGCCAUGGCCCCAAGAGAGCCCCUAUGAUAUAUUUGACAUAAUCGACGCCCUGGGAAUCCUAGACACAUGGGCAGAGCGAGAAGAAUCUCGCUAUGACUUCCAAGGCAGGCACGGCAACAUCUUACACCUUACUUGGCGCCGCUUCCGUGUUUGGGUCAAAUGUGCAGCAUGUGGUGCUGCUUCGGUCAAUGAUGCUGGACUUUUCAUCGAGAAUGAUCGUGCGCAAGUUCACGGUAUGACAAUGUAUCGAUUUCCGGGGCUCGGUUAUUUUCACACCAACCCAGGCGGCAUUUGCCUGCUGGUAGACGAAGAGGGCCGCAUUGUUGGCCGAGCGGUUUGGGCCACGCCCGCAUGUCCAUGUGAAGAGAUGGAGAUCGUUAGACUGCAAAUGCCUGCUCUACCAAUGCCACGACCUAGGUCGGAGUUUUGUGAGUGGCUGGGCUGGACUUCAUGA